AUGGCUCAAGCCGUGGCGACGUCGUCCAACGAUGUCAGUGUAAAUGGCACCAAGCCGUCUGGCGCGAGCAAAUACAGAGGCGCCACAGUAGAAGACCUCGACCCACCCCCAGCAAUGAGCACGAGCCCUUUCACGCACCUCUCCGCCGCCCUCAUGACAGCCUUCGAGCGAGACUACACACACCUCACCGUCAUCCACCCCGACACCAAAUCCUUACUAGGCUACAUCAGCAUCCCUCGGUUACGACAACUACUCGAGACACGGCAGGUGCGGGACGAUGAUCCAGUUGAGAAGGCGAUGGUGCGUUUUCAGCGGAAGGGCAAGCCGUACAGGUUGAUUACGAUGGAGACACCGUUGCAGGAUCUCGAGGCGUUCUUUGAUGGGGAUGGGACGGGUCAGAGUCAGGACUUUGCUGUGGUGACGGAUCCGGCGAGGCGAUUCGUAUUGGGGGUAGCCACGAAAUCAGAUUUGGAGGAGUUUGUGAGGAGGAGGCCGGGGUAA